UUAAAUGAAAAAAUUCACUAUUCAUUCGAUUACGCGCCACAGGUCCACAUGCCCUGCAACCCAAUGCAACCUGGGCCGAUUUACUUCAAAACCCCGCAAAAGUGUGGAAUAUUUGGAGUUAUCAGGCCCAGCCAGGGGGGUAGUGGGAUACCAAUAUACCUGCUAUUUCGCCCCCAAGAUACCAACAUACCUCAAAAUCGUAAAAUGUGUGAUACCAAAUACCUAAAAUUAUUUUGAAACAGAAUACUAAAUACCUGAAAAUGAACAAGUCAGAUCUUAAUAAAAGAGAAACUCCUGGUUCACUGUCCUCUUCCGCUCCCUUUGCGGUUGGCCAGCGUCCAUGGUGAUCGAAUCCUUGUCACCUUGUCCAUCAACGCUCUCUGCGAAAGGUUCUUCAUCAGCUUCAUUGGGAGAGGUGGUGUCAGUGGAUCCGUUCACCAAGGCCAGGAGCAGAUAAUACUCCCCUUCAUCUAUUUCAACAGUUUCAUUGUCAACGACUGUAAUGCUGCUUACAACCCCCUUUAUGCCCUCUUUUGAGAUGACAUGCUCUUCUCCCGAAGUAGUGAAUAGGAGAGGAUCAACAACAUCUUGGGUGUAGCAGAGAGUUGUUACGUAACGAGCACUGUCAUAGUCAUCAACCACAUCCUCUAACAGUUUUGUAAUAUACAGUGGGCUGUUCAGAGCAGAAUGCGGUUUGUAUAUUCGGGAAACUGCAACAUAUGUAGACUGGGCGAUGACAAUGUUACGUGCUGUGCUGGUAUCUUGGUGUUGAACGGGGAUGUCUUCAUUGAGAAGCACGUCAAACUCAACUGAAUGUUGCUUCGGGGGUGCAGACUCGUGGAGGUUCAAUGGUAGGGUGCCUGGCUUGUCUUUUGUUGAAAAGUUCCUUGUGGUAUUCUGCCCGACACUCUUACUGUAUUGCUGUACCCACUGACAGAUCUCAUCCAAUUGCUUCUUGGAUAAGCAACCAGACAAAGGCUUCGGUAAUUUUGCAAGGUCACAGAAGUUUAUAUCAACAUCACCUAAAGUAGGCUGAGGGUAGUACGAGGCCACUGGAUUUGUAAAGUACCUGUAGCUCGUACCUUUGACACGUUUUAAUAAUUCGUUAAUACAUCAGGGAAAGCACAAGCAAAAGUCGAGCAUCAUGGGAGUGUCCGUAUUACCCCCUCUCAUACUGGAAGGGAAGUUAAAAGGCUUACAAUGUUUAAGUGUUGAAUGAAGUUUGGAUUGAUCUGAGUUCCAUCACCUUUGUCCUCAGUCUAGUGAGGCCUUCCAGUAUCAUCUUCACGGAGUUCAGUGUAGUAGCAGAUAGUGUUCCGUCUGGUCCUUCGGUCUGGGAAGUUGAGCCCUUGAUACCCUGAACUUUCAACGAGCUUAGUGUGCCCUGGGUACGAGAUUGCGAAUCGGGAGGUGGUGUGAGUGGGGGUGGUGGUGGGAGACUGGGAUAGGAAGCCAAACAGUAACAAUUUCGAGCAUCCGAACUAUUUCUAGUGAGCAUUAGAACCAUAAUAAAACUAAGAAAUGAAUUAUACAUUUCUCAGUGAUUUCUGUGCCAUAUACCGAAUACCUAGAUUUCAGGAAAAACUGAAUACUUUAUACCCGAAUUUUGACCAAAAAAUACCAUAUACCUGAAUUGAAAUAGCCCAGGAUACCGUAUACCCAAAACCCCUGGCCGGGCCUGAGUUAUGUGUGAAGGAGUACCUAGCCAAGUGAACUUUCUUAUUGACGAAGCUGUUUCUACUGGAAAGGGAGAAAACGCAACUAUCAGUUCUAUACAUUAUUAUUUUGAACAUCAUGGACUCCAGGAAACUGAUGUCUAUCUUAACGCGGAUAAUUGCACAGGGCAGAACAAAAACAACAACUUCCUCUGGUAUUUAGCGUGGAGGACUUUGAUGAAACUUCAUCAUUCAAUUACUUACUCAUUCCUGAUAGCAGGAAAUACAAAGUUUGCGCCGGAUCACUGUUUUGGCCUCAUCAAG